UCAUUACUUCUUCGUGGACUCUGCAGGGAAAAGGUGGCCCUAAAAAAUAUAGCUCUGACGGCAAUAGUGACAUUGGCAUUACGACCAUUAGUAUCUGCUCAGUUCUCAGAAAAACUACUCACUAUGUAUAUUAUUCAAAUACUAUCUGUGCCUACACUCGUUUUUCACAUGCAACAGAUAUCACCCGAGUCUAUGGCAGCAUUCCGAACACAUUCAAUGUUUGACAAGUGCAUCGAGUUUCUGAGUGCAGAUCAGAACAUGAGAAUUGUAUUUAAUACAUUGGAGGGGAAUUAUGCUUUAUGUUUGUUGGCCAAUUUGACUCAGCUGGCCUAUACGGAGAGGGAAUAUGCUCAGCCUUCAACAUAUUAUCCAACCUUUGUGUUGGUAGUGUCACGUUUUCUAGACAGUUGUCAGCAAUAUGUCGUCUGCAAGAAAAGCAAUCUUAGUAAAUGGCAUCCAAUACUGGGCUGGUUUUCACAGAAUUUUGAUAUGUAUUUACCGCUCGCUAUGGGGAAUUUAAGAACACAGUUGUCAUUGUUGUGGGGUGUACCGAUGUUGAAGAAGUUACUCGGGGUACCAUUGAAGGAAAUGUUGGAGGCCGGUGUGACUGAUGAAGCAGGACCUUCGAAUCCAUCAACACCAUUACAGAGUAACCCCGCGUCUUUUAUAAGGAGAGCGAUUGAGGCUAGAACUAAUAGAUCUAAUUCAAACAAACACUACAGAAAGCUAGGAUCUCCGGACUGUACUAAAAUAGCUCUGAUAUGCUCCAUGUACCACACAGCUCUUCAUACUAUGACUCAAGUUAAAUUGGACAUCUUGACUGGUCUGUGCAAUCAAGACGAGAUCCUGUACUCAUUGUGGUUGUUCCUGUGUACUCUGGGUCCUAACUGUGGUUUAAAAGCCUUCAUCGACCUCCUUACACUCAAUACUAAGGCUACAGCGCCAGAGUUCCAAAUGCUCGUACUAUUUGCUGAUUGUAUGACGCACUAUGUGACAAUUCUAGAUGACUUAGAAAUGUAUGAGAAACAAGAUCCGUUCAAGUUACAAGAUUUCGUGAACAUGUCACAGUUUCUGAAUAUGUUCAUAUACAAGUCAAUCACGGGACAGUUGUUCGAUCUUAAAACUAUUCAGAACAACGAGGUGUUUACAUCGCUUCAUACUUUACUACUGGCGUUGUACCGUCGCGACUGUCGCCGACCGUACGCUCCCCCCCACCACUGGCUCGUGAAGGAAAUAAGGGACACGCACUUCAUGGCUGAUUUAGAGAAGGGGAAAAAACCUCAACAGGUCCUGGUACAAAAAACGCCCCACAUGAUAGCUCACGGUGAACGAGUCCGGCUGUUUAGAAGAGCUGUUGCUGAUGAGAAGGUGGUGUUAGGCUUGACGGAGCGAGCUUGCGGUGGUCGAUCUACGCUGGUCACGGUUCGUCGGACGCGUCUUGUAGAGGACGGAUAUAGACAGCUGGCAGCUCUGCCAAGCAGAGCUCUGAGAGCCGUGGUCAGGGUGAGGUUCAUCAACGAACAGGGGUUAGACGAGGCUGGCAUAGAUCAAGAUGGAGUCUUCAAAGAGUUUCUCGAGGAGACUAUAAAGCGUGUGUUUGAUCCGUCGUUGAAUCUGUUCCGUGUGACGAGCGAGGAGCGUCUGUAUCCCUCGCCUACUUCAUGCUUACAGGAAAACCAUCUACAGCUGUUUGAGUUUAUAGGAAGGAUGCUGGGGAAAGCUGUGUAUGAGGGUAUAGUAGUGGACGUGCCAUUCGCUUCAUUCUUCCUCAGCCAGGUGUUGGGUCAAACAACUCAAGCGCUGUAUAGCUGGAUAGAUGAGUUGCCUUCACUCGACAAAGACCUGUACAGAAGUUUAACAUACAUCAAACAUUUCCAGGGUGACAUAUCGUCGUUAGAACUAACGUUUUCUGUGGACGAAGAGCGGCUAGGAGAGAUUGUGACUCACGAACUGGUGCCGGGAGGGAAAUGUAUUCCUGUUACUAAUGAGAACAAAAUAAACUACAUACACUUGAUGGCUCACUUCAGGAUGCACACACAGAUAAAGGACCAGACGAACGCUUUCAUCGUGGGCUUUAGGACUAUCAUUAACCCGGAGUGGCUGUCGCUGUUCUCUACUCCAGAGUUGCAGCGUCUCAUAAGCGGCGACAACGUGCCGCUAGACCUGCGCGAUCUGAGGCGACAUACGCAGUACUACGGCGGGUUCCACGAUUCACACAGAGUUGUGUGCUGGCUGUGGGACGUGUUGCAGAGAGACUUCACAGAGAACGAACGGGCCAUGUUCCUUAAAUUCGUGACGUCAUGCUCCAAGCCUCCAGUGUUGGGUUUCGCUCACCUCAAGCCGCCGUUUUCUAUCCGCUGUGUAGAAGUCGGUGACGACGAAGACACGGGAGACACUAUCGGGAGCGUUAUACGAGGCUUCUUCACAAUAAGAAAGAAGGACCCAUUGAAUAGACUACCGACUUCAUCGACGUGUUUCAAUCUACUUAAACUACCGAACUACCAAAAGAGAAGUACACUACGAGAUAAACUACGGUACGCGGUUAAUUGUAACACAGGUUUUGAACUAUCCUAA